AUGGAGGUUGCUUCUACUAGCGCAAAAGAGCACCAGUAUGUUGUCCAGUUUAAUGGCCCCAGAAGUGGACAGUGGACGGUUGUUGUUUGGAAUAAGAUCGGCCCCGAUGGGAAAUUAGAUGGAUGGUUUGGCAAUGCAUGCAAGGAGUUUUCAAUCGACCAAGGGCAGACCCGAUACUUAGCCUUUGAAGAGAACUCCCAGGGCGGAUGGACAGCUUCUCCCGGUCCAAAUAUACCCGUAGACUCAAAUGGAGGAUACUCUUCAACCUGGGGAGAAUUUGAUUUCGGUUCGAGCAUAAAUUCAGGAUGGUCGGGAUUUGACGUAUCGGCUAUCGCUCCUCAAUAUGCAAGGCAACAAGUCCAGGGCAUGAAAAUCUGUGAUAGUAUCACAGGUACAUGUUCAAUUAUUACAAGCAAUGCUUCUUUUGUCCAGAAUGCGUAUAUCUAUGCCAAUAGGAACAUUGGUGGCAUCGGUGGUAAUCUUCCUCCUGGCCCAGUUAAGCUUGUUGUCUACCUGGACUUUGACCAGGAGACCAGUACUGUAUGA